AUGGCUGACCCUCAAAAACAAGAAGAGGCCAAAGAGUCUCUCAUCAUCACUGCCAAAAAAUGGGGAGUCUACCUGCUUACGCUCCUAACAGAGAAUCCUGUUCCCCCAGCUCUUCUUGCUACCCUCGUCUUCGCACAACAUGCUCGGCCUUUCCAACCUCUUCCCAUGCUGUUCCCUCCCUUAUUACUCUUCUCGACCUACCUUAACCUCCAAGGAUUCAAGAUCGAUAGUGCGGGGACGACAGCUGCGCUCAGUGGUACCUACCUUGUGUUAGCUGGAAGGAGGAGAAUGGGCCUCAUGAAUAAGUUCGGCGCAAGAGGCAUCAUUCGAGGUGCCACGAUGGGAUUGUGUCUGGUGAAUUUGGUAGGCGGAGGUCUUGCCUAUGGUUUUGGCAAACGAAGAGAAGAGGACGAGAAGAGGAAAGAGCUAUGA